AUGUCUAUCACUCGUCAACGCUCAACCCGCCCGGAUGGACCGACCACCAAAACCGAAACACGACACGUAGAAGCCCAUGGAAGAAGCAAAAACCGGCCCGAGUCGCCCUGGGCUUUUUCUCCCAUUGACCACGGAGCCACGGAGGCGUGGCGCCCAAGCCUGCCUGCGAGAGCAUCACACGUGCCCGAUUCGCGAAUAAACGGAAGGCAUCUUCACCCCCAUCCCAUUGCCGAUUCGCGAUUCCCCACCCGCCUCCUCCCUCCCCUUCUUCUUUCCCCUCUCACCAACCAAACACAGGGGGAGAAAAGGAAACCCAUCGCCUAUCCCUGCCCGACCACCGACAUGGCCGCCGCCGCCUCCUCCCUGUCCGCCCCCGCCGCUCCCAUCUCCCUCGACAAGGCGGCGGCUCUAGGCGGUGAUGGCGGCGGCGACCACCGGGCGGCGGCGGAUUGCGGGGUGUGCGCCAUCUGCCUGGACAAGAUCCCGCUCCAGGAGACGGCGCUCGUCAAGGGCUGCGACCACGCAUACUGCGUGACAUGCAUUCUGAGGUGGGCAUCCUACAAGGAGUCACCGUUAUGCCCACAAUGCAAGCACCCUUUUGAGUUCCUCAGUGUGCACCGCUCUCUUGAUGGCUGCAUUCAUGACUACCUGUUUGAUGAGAGUGUCUGCCUUCUCCUGAGGGCAACCUGGUUUGAGCCUCUGGUCGUUGAGCCUCACGAGGAGGUUCUGGACGAAGAAGAAAUAUUUUACCGCCAUUACCAGUAUGAGGAACACGAUGAAGAUGACCUUUACGAGGAAACUUAUUACAUGAGCAGGUCACCGAUUGUUCGGAUUGGCAACAGGAGGUGGGGUGACAAUGGGUACAUCAGAGGAGGCAGGAGAGAGGCCAGGCCAGUUAGCAAUGCUGUUCCAUCCAGGACCCCCAAGAAGAAAGAGGCAUCAGCAUCGGGAUCAGGCUCAGGUUCAGUAUCCAAGGAUGUCGCUGGAAGGCGGGCAAGAAGGGCUCAGAAGCGAGAAGCUGCUGACAAGGCAGCUGCAGAAAAGCACCUCAAGCACCUGCAGAGGAUGGGGCGUGGUAAAACACUGGCGGCACCACCUCAAGCACCUGAAUCACCUGAGGUUGGUCCUCAGGUGGUCGAGUGAUCAACCAGCCUCUGUAGAUAAUGGUGCUGCGAAGAAUACUCCAGCCCUUGGUGGAGGUGCCACCAAUAAUCUUCUGGUGCGAAGAAGUGGGAUGGGGCCUUGUAUCCUGGCUACUUUGCCGCGUUGUACAGUAAUUUAGUCGUUUCGAGAGUCACUCGCUGGGUCCAUCGUCGGAAUGCACUGACGCUCCAGAUGCAUCGACUGCAGUUUGUCUCGCUCUGAUAGCCGUUUUACUUUUUUAAUUUCAUGAUACUAGAGGAACGCAAAUUUCUUGCCAUGCUCAUUUUCUUGGCAAUGUUUCAAGAUAGGUUGUUGCAUCCAAACUACCCAAGAAUGAAAUGAGGGGGAGCGGAGUCUUUACUUUCAAUC